UGUCACCUUGCCAACAUGGGUUUGGCUCAACUCUGCUGCAGAAACUUGCUCACUCGGAGCAACUCUGUGUGUUGUCAUUCCUAGCUGUCAAUCGCUUAAAUUAACCCAAUUCAGCUCGGGCUGGAGAAAGUUCUCUAUUAAAUUCAAAUUGCAACUUUGCUCAGCUGGAAUUUCUCGAGUUGGUUGUCAGGAAUUUGCUCAGACUUUGGAGAAUUCUCAACAACUUCAAGGCUGGCAGCUCUCGCAACUGAGUUAAAGUGGAGAAGUGUUUAAAAAUGUCGGGCGAGCAAUUGGAAAAGCCACUGGGCGAUGCAGAGAACAUCACGCGUGGUGUUAAGGGAGAGUCCGCCAGACCUUUAUGCGACCUGUCGCCGCGCAUCCUGUCUGAGCACAACUAUACAAUUCUCUUGCCCGAGCCACUGCCUUCCAAACUCAAUCUCCGCAAGCUGGUCUGCUCCAUUCAUGCCAGGACGAGUCCUAAGGAGUCCAAGAUGCUCCCAAGAUCGGAGUUGUCCGUCCUCGUUCGCAAUGCAGACGUUCUGCUACGACGACUGCGUAGGCUCCUCGGCAGCCGCCGCCGAUUCAUAGACUUUAAACCAAUGGACCCUCUGCAGGAGACCAUUGCCCAGGAACUGGCCAAGAGGUUGGGUUGCCAGACGAGGUUCUACAAUGACUGGAAUGAUAGCCGAUAUUUGGUUGCCUACCGGCCCGGCGUUGAGCCCAAUGCCCUCGAGGUGCGGGUUCGCCAAAUGUGCCAAGAGGACAGGGGUCUGGAGAUCUUCAUGGAGGAGGUGGAAAGCAACCAGCUGCAACCCAUAUCCCUUUCAGACAAGAAGCUCCUCUGGCAUCGGCCCAUCAUAGUGUUUGAACAGCGCCAGAUGCCGGCGAACUCUACUCAGAGUUCCCUUGCCCUGGGCAGAAAAAUCUUCGAAAAGUUAAAACCAGAGUUUCGCCCGAUUCGAUAA